GCCAUAGAGGAGCAAACGGCAGGCAUCAUGAAGCUGAAUCCAUUUGUAACAUCCUCCCGCCGCAAGAACCGCAAGAGGCACUUCAAUGCCCCCUCACACAUCAGGAGGAAGAUCAUGUCUUCCCCACUAUCCAAGGAGCUCCGCCAGAAGUACAACGUGAGGUCAAUGCCCAUCCGCAAAGAUGACGAAGUCCAGGUUGUCCGUGGACACUACAAAGGCCAGCAAAUUGGCAAAGUGGUGCAGGUCUACAGGAAGAAGUACGUCAUCUACAUUGAGCGCGUGCAGAGAGAGAAGGCCAACGGAACCACAGUCCAUGUCGGCAUCCACCCCAGCAAGGUGGUCAUCACCAGGCUAAAGCUGGAUAAGGACCGCAAGAAGAUCCUGGAACGCAAGGCCAAAUCUCGCGCUGAUAUAAAGGAGAAGGGCAAAUACAAGGAGGAGACCAUUGAGAAGAUGCAGGAGUGAAAAUGAUCUUUUGCUAUCAAUAAACUGUAUAAAUGGAC